UCUUCGCCCGCCGCCUUUUCGGGGAAAGCGGCGCCAAGAUGGCGGCUCCCAUACUCAAAUGGAAGCGCGUAACCAACUCGAGCGGGCCGGUCCCCCGGCCUCGCCAUGGCCACCGCGCUGUCUCCAUCAAAGAGCUGAUGGUUGUUUUCGGUGGGGGCAACGAAGGGAUCGUGGACGAGCUGCAUGUUUACAAUUCAGCAACCAAUCAGUGGUUCAUCCCAGCGGUGAGGGGGGACAUUCCGGCAGGAUGUGCGGCUUACGGAUUCGUAUGUGAUGGUACUCGACUGUUGGUGUUCGGUGGCAUGGUGGAGUAUGGAAAGUACAGCAAUGAGCUCUAUGAGCUACAGGCAAGCAGAUGGGAAUGGAAAAAGUUGAAAGCCAAAGCCCCCAAAAAUGGUCCCCCACCAUGUGCUCGUCUCGGACAUUGCUUUUCUGUAAUUGACAAUAAAUGUUAUUUAUUUGGGGGAUUAGCUAAUGACAGUGAAGAUCCAAAAAACAAUAUUCCACGGUAUUUAAAUGACCUGUAUAUAUUGGAACUGAAGCCAGGGUCAGGGGUUGUGGGAUGGGACAUACCGGUCACCUAUGGCACACCACCACCACCCAGAGAGUCUCACACUGCAGUCGUGUAUCGCAACAAAGACAAUAAAAAACCAAAGCUUGUCAUCUAUGGUGGAAUGAGUGGCUGUCGACUUGGAGAUCUGUGGAUACUGGAUAUUGAGAACUUAACAUGGAAUAAACCAGAAGUUGCUGGAGUUCCGCCGCUGCCCCGAAGCCUACACUCUGCUACGAUGAUUGGGAGCAAAAUGUAUGUUUUUGGUGGCUGGGUCCCCCUUGUGCUGGAAGAUGUCAAAGCUCCUACGCAUGAGAAAGAGUGGAAAUGCACAAAUACUCUAGCAUGCCUGGAUCUGGAAACAAUGACUUGGACGCAGAUCUCCACGGAAUCAUUUGAAGAUAACAUUCCUCGUGCAAGAGCUGGUCACUGUUCAGUUUCCAUAAGCACACGGCUUUAUGUGUGGAGUGGCCGAGAUGGCUACAGGAAAGCUUGGAACAAUCAAGUCUGUUGUAAGGAUCUGUGGUAUCUUGAAACGGAAAAGCCUCCUGCUCCUGGCAAAGUCCAACUGGUUCGAGCAAGUACCAACUCACUUGAGGUUAGCUGGGGGUUGGUCUCCACUGCCGACAGCUACUUGCUUCAGCUUCAGAAAUAUGAUGUUCCAACGGUCACUACUGCUGUUACUCCUUUGCCAACCUCUGCAGUUACGGGCAUCCGGCCAUCCUGCAGUCCCGCUCCUGCAGCAGCAUCAGUAUCACCUUCUCCAGUACAGUCAGGAGUCCGCUUUGUUACACAGACGACCCCUGCUGUGGGAACCCAGGCUGCAUCCCUAACCACCAGUGCAACGUCGCCUUCUGUAGUUCAGAUUCCUACUGCUGUAGCUUCUCCACGUGGGCCAGCCUCACCAAUGAUCAGAGCCACGACAGGGCAGCCAGUGGUUGCAUCAGCAGCUUCAACGACACCCCUCAUCACUGUGCAACGACAAGCUACACCUCAGGGCAAAACACCUAUCUCUGUGGCAGCCCUUCCACCAGGUGUUCGCAUGGUGAUGCCAGCACAGACCACAGCAGGGACUCCACUCACCUCCAGUCCACAGAUGAGUGGAAUGGCAGCUUUAGCUGCAGCAGCUGCCGCUACUCAGAAGAUUCCUUCCAGCACAGCGGUUACCUCAGUUGGACUUCAUCCUAGCACAACAGUGGUAAAAACAAUGGCCAUUGCUUCCGGAGUCAGUACCCUGGCGAGCACUGUGAAGGUAGCCACUCCAUCAGUCAUGGUCAACACACCAGCAACCUCAAUGCUGAAGACGGCUGCUGCCCAGUUAGUGACACCCACUCAUGCUGCCACUUCUACUGCUUCAGCUAGACCCAUUAUCACAGUGCACAAAUCAGGAACAGUCACUGUGGCUCAGCAGGCACAAGUGGUGACCACCGUGGUGGGUGGAGUCACAAAAACCAUUACACUAGUCAAGAGCCCUAUUUCCAUGGCAGGAGGAAGCACAUUGAUUUCCAACCUGGGAAAAGUGCUAACUCUGCAGGCUAAACCAGGGCAGCAGGCCACCAUCUCAGCCCCAGCCUCCACUGGGCCACUCACGCAGAUCUUCCAGACCAAAGGUCAACUGCCUCCAGGAGCUACCAUUUUGAAACUUGUUACUUCAGCAGAUGGGAAGCCUGCCACCAUCAUCACCACCUCACAGGCUGGAAAUGUGGGCCUUAAGCAGACUUUCGUCAGCCUCAGCAAUGUGUCACCUGCCUCUUCAAAACCAGCGACCACCAUUCUCAAAACCAUCCCUAUGUCUGCACUUAUUUCACAGCCCGGAACUACGGGUGUCACAGGAAGUCCUGGUAUGAAAUCCCCAAUUACCAUCAUCACCACAAAAGUAAUGACCUCUGGAACUGGAACACCAACAAAAUUCAUCACUGCUGUACCCAAACUGCAGACGGGGCAACAGGGACUUACCCAGGUAUUGCUGAAAGGUGCUGCAGGACAGCCUGGCACUAUCCUGCGAACAUUAUCUGGAACACCAGUUACUGGAGUCAGACUGAUCACUCCAGUAACUGUUUCUGCUGCCAAACCAGCACUUACAACUUUGGUAGUGAAAGGGACCACAGGUGCAAGUACGCUGGGGACGAUAGCAGGUACGACUCUCGCAGGAGUGUCCACCGUUUCACCAACGCUCAACACUCCCAUUGCCACUCUUGGUACCAUCGCCAACCUUACCGGCCAGAUAAUCAGUGCUUCCCCUAACACCACUCAGAAACUUACUGCUGUAACUGGAACUACUUCCACAGCCCCCAUCAUCACCAUUCAGCCUGUGUCUGAGCCAAACCGUGUCACAAUUGUUGCCUCCCCUGGUGGCAUGGUUGCACAGCAAGCACAGCAGCUUGUGAAUUCAGGAUCUGCUUUGGUCGCGGCACCUCAAGUCGCUACUGUGAAUUCAGAAACUCAGACCCACAGGCUUGAGUUUGUUGAAAUGCCAGUCAGAUGUUCAAAUCCUCCCCAUGAGACAUCAGAAACCAACACCACCAACACAUCUACAACUACCACAGCAAACAUUGCAGCAAACCAAGUCCAGCCACCUGCCAUGAAUGCACAAGGUAUUCCUGAAAGUGUGCAUGGUGAAACAGCAACAGCAGGAACAACAAACACUGCAACCACUGCAUCUACAGCUCAGAGUGGGGCAGUUACCAUGGUAACACAGUCCACACCUGCUCCUGGACCUUCGACACAGGCAGCCCCAUCAACUGAAGGACAAUCUAAUAGCAUCGAGCAAGGUUCUGUGUCUACAGUGGGACAGAAUAUUGUACAGAUUCUGCCUGUCAGCUCCACUGGUGUUGGUGCCACAAUAGCAGUUAGGGUCUCCAGCAGCACAAACCAAGAAGCAGCAACAGCUACCUUGGCACAGGCAUUGAAUCCUCAACCUAGCGUCGGACUGCAGCAAGAUCAGCUCCUACCUCCGCGAGAGCUGCUGGCUGAUAGCCGGCCAGAGACCCUUGCUGAGCUGGGUCUGUCUCCUGAGGAGCUGGCUGUAGCAGCUGCUGCUGAGGAGGCAGCCCGUUUCGCAGCACUGGAGGAAGAAGCUAAGGCAACGACAGUGGCACAAACAUCUCUGGUCUCUAAAGGGGCUGCCACAGCAGCAAGGGAAGAGACCAUGGAUACCUCAGCAGCGGAGUUAGCAACAAUGCAACCAGCACAGCUGUCACAGCAGGCACUGCAGACAUUGGUGUCUCUGCAGUCCGUCGUACCAUUGGCUGAACUUGCGCAGCAGGACAUAGAAAGAGCACGCCAGCAACAAGCAGCAGAAAGCAACCAGCCCUCCCGACCAGCAGAAGCUCUAGCUCCAGCAGAUAGUCUCAAUGAUUCUACCUCUGAGACCAAUGGGCCACAGGAACUACCCAGUACGGUUUCAAGUGUUCAGAUACCUAUUCUGAAGACCACAGGAUUGGCACCAUACACUUCUCUCCUGACAUCAACAACCAACCAAAACUCUAGUCCAAUGAAAACACAGGCAGCUACAGCUUUAGCCCAAGUAGCCAAUGGAAUUGGCCUACCUGCGUCGAAACAUGAUGCGUCUCCUAAUACCCAGCCAAAACCAACAACCAGGAAGGAACCCAAUCAGUGGUAUGAUGUUGGUGUAUUCAAAACGCUGAGCACAGUGGUGGUUUCCUAUUUCUUGCCUGCAGAGGGCUCCCAAGGAGAAGAGGAUGGCAGUGGGGAUAACAUCCCUGACCACAGCAAUCUAAAGUCUGUGAAACUGGAUCCAGGCACUGCUUAUAAAUUCAGAGUUGCUGGCAUAAAUGCUUGUGGACGGGGCCCAUUCAGUGAAGUCUCAGCUUUUAAGACCUGCAUGCCAGGAUUCCCAGGUGCACCAUCUGCCAUCAAGAUCAGCAAGGUUGCUGAAGGUGCACAGCUCUCCUGGGAACCUCCUGCUGUUACUUCUGGCACCAUCAUUGAAUACUCAGUAUAUCUGGCACUUCCAGGGUCACAGGCAGCAGAUCCCAAACCUGCAGGGACUUCCCAUCUGCUCUUUGUCCGUGUUUACUGUGGGCCUGUACCCAGCUGUCUCGUGUCUUCAUCAAACCUAGCAAAUGCACACAUCGAUACAACCACAAAGCCUGCUAUAAUCUUUAGGAUAGCAGCCAAGAAUGAAAAGGGAUAUGGGCCAGCCACUCAGGUCAGGUGGCUACAAGGUGAGCUGGGAUGA